AUAGCAACCAAUCAUAAGACUACAAGACUUUACAGUACAGGGGAUCCGGCCAGGGAGAGCAGUGGUCCAUAGCAACCAAUCAGAAAAGUGUUUACAUUCAGUAACCUGGGGAAAUAUAGAGAGCUGAUAGGUGGUUGGUUGCUAUGGGAAACACCUCCCGUGUGUGAGAGCCCUGGUGAUAAUACAGGAAUCUGCACAGAAAGUUCAUGUAUGAACACCGCGCAGACAUCACCCCUCACCUCCCGGCUCAGCCGCCUCCCCCUCCUCUCCUGUGAGGGAGAGCCGCCGUGAUGCAUGCUGGGCCGGGACAUCCCCCUUCCCGCGCCGCCGUGUGAGCCGCACAGUCUGCGCUGCCGCCGCCAUGUUGCCAGCAGCCGCUACCGUCAGGCUCUAGCUGUGCCCCGCUUCUGUCCUCCUUCCCCCUCCCUCCCUGAAAACACCCCGAGCCGCCAGGAGGAGGAGGCCGCCGCGGAGUGACUAGAGCAGGGAGAGGCCCCGCAGCCCGCACCAUGUCCACCAAGGACGGUAAACACUCCACCACCGAGCGGGCGGUUAAAUCUGUCCCUUUCCCCCCAACACACCGAUUAACAUCUGAGGAGGUAUUUGAUAUUGAUGGAAAACCCAGAGUGGAUAUUUUAAAAAACCACCUAAUAAAAGAAGGCCGGGUAGAUGAAGAAAUUGCACUUCGGAUCAUCAAUGAGGGAGCUGCAAUUUUACGAAGAGAGAAGACAAUGAUAGAAGUUGAAGCACCUAUAACAGUUUGCGGUGAUAUUCACGGUCAGUUCUUUGACUUGAUGAAGUUGUUUGAAGUAGGAGGAUCGCCAGCCAACACAAGAUACCUCUUUUUGGGCGACUAUGUAGAUAGAGGGUAUUUUAGCAUAGAGUGUGUCUUAUAUUUAUGGGUUUUGAAGAUUCUGUAUCCCACUACUCUCUUUCUUUUGAGAGGCAAUCAUGAAUGCAGGCACCUUACAGAAUAUUUCACUUUUAAACAAGAAUGUAAAAUAAAAUAUUCAGAAAGGGUUUAUGAAGCCUGUAUGGAAGCAUUUGAUUGUCUUCCAUUAGCUGCACUUUUAAAUCAACAAUUUCUUUGUGUCCAUGGAGGACUGUCUCCAGAAAUACACACAUUAGAUGACAUUAAAAGAUUAGACAGGUUCAAAGAACCUCCCGCCUUUGGCCCUAUGUGUGACUUGUUGUGGUCAGACCCUUCAGAAGAUUUUGGUAAUGAGAAGUCACAAGAACACUUCAGUCAUAACACGGUCAGGGGAUGCUCUUACUUUUAUAGUUACCCAGCUGUUUGUGAGUUUUUGAUGACUAAUAACCUGCUGUCCAUCAUCAGAGCGCAUGAAGCACAAGAUGCUGGAUAUCGAAUGUACAGAAAAAGUCAAACAACGGGGUUUCCUUCUUUAAUAACAAUAUUUUCAGCUCCUAACUACUUAGAUGUCUAUAAUAAUAAAGCUGCUGUAUUAAAAUAUGAAAAUAAUGUGAUGAAUAUCCGACAGUUCAAUUGCUCACCACACCCGUACUGGCUGCCAAACUUUAUGGACGUCUUUACUUGGUCCUUGCCAUUUGUUGGUGAAAAAGUAACAGAGAUGCUGGUGAAUGUUCUGAGUAUUUGUUCAGACGAUGAGUUAAUGACUGAAGGAGAAGACCAGUUUGACGAACGACUCAUAUAUGGCAAUAGAAAAGUAGGUACAGCUGCAGCUCGUAAAGAAAUCAUCAGGAACAAAAUACGGGCGAUUGGAAAGAUGGCAAGAGUCUUCUCUGUACUCAGGGAGGAAAGUGAAAGUGUUUUGACACUGAAGGGUUUAACCCCAACUGGAAUGCUGCCAAGCGGGGUGCUUGCUGGAGGACGGCAGACUUUACAAAGUGCAAUACGAGGAUUCUCUCCACAACACAAAAUCUGCAGCUUUGAAGAAGCUAAGGGAUUGGACAGGAUCAACGAAAGGAUGCCUCCCAGGAAAGAUGCCAGGCAGCAAGAUGGUAUUAAUUCAGUAAACACAAAUGCCAAGGAAAAUAAUGGGACUGGUAACAACAAUGCCCAGUGACUGCUCCUGUCCAGGUUUACUCUCACACCUUGCCUGAGAAGUCCUAGAUUCAUGCUUUGUGAUAGAACAGCUUCAAUAGCCAUGGGGCACUAGAAGACCUAUAACUGACCGCUCAAAGUCCUGGAAAACGCAGCAGAUUCCUGUGUGUAAACUGUAAAUCCAAGUAAAAAAAUAAUAAUCUGAACUCUUAUAAGGACAAGUCCAGAACUUGCCAGUUGAAUGGUCUUUGAAACAUAGGAAAGCAUUGGGCUGUUUUUCAUGAAAGCACAUCUAGUGUAGCAUCUCACGCUGAUCAUUGUCGACACUUAAGUUUACAAAUGGAAAUCUGUUUUUGUUCACUAGCUAGAUUUUCUUUUUCAAUCCAAAUUUGAGUACAUCCCUUUUAAUUCCGCUAUUUAUUUAAGACAUUUGUUUAUUAAAUGUCUUUAAAGAUAAGACUUGUCUUAUAUAUACCCAGGCUGCAAGAUGCGUUUUGCAAACCUACAAAGCGCAAGGACAAAAUAACCCGUUGGCUCUCCGGCAUGCUGACCUCAGGUGUAUUCAUUAGAUGUAGCUGAUUUAUUAUGUAUUAUAUAUUCACUGUAUUUUUUAGUUUUAAGGAUUACGGAUGGAUUUCUACAUAGGAACAUUUAUUACUUGAACACAGAUCAAACAGAUAUUUAAUUUCAAUUUCCCUUUAAAAUGUUAAAGAAAGAUUUUCAAAAAGAAAAAAGUUUAAAAAAAGUCAUGAUUGUUCAUUCUAGGGUACUUUUAAUUGAGCAAUGUACAUUCUGUUAAAGUAAAUUUUGAUUCAUAUCAAGUCUGUAAAGCUUGCAUUGUAUUUUGUGUAUGCAUGUUUUCUUUUUUUGCAAAUAUUUAAUAUAUAAACCUAUGAUGCACAGGAACUGCAUCUAUAGGUUACAUAGAUGUUAUUGAUACUUUUUAGUUUAUUGUGAGUAUUAAAGUUGCUUCUAUGGCUGAUCACAUGACUGCGUAACUGCAGGGUUUUUUCUCAACUUAUUUCUGCACGGGCUUUGCGGAGCCUUUGCUGAACAUAAGGAAGUUGCUCUGUCCAACCGUUACAACAUUAGUGACUGUAAAUCCAAGACUGCAUGUUCAUUUCUUUUGAUAUUUGCUGGACUGCUAAGUUUGAAUUCCAACAAUUUACUACUUUGUUCCACAAAUGAAAUGUACUGAUUUCCAUUGUAUUUUUGGUAUAUAUUUUGACAUUUUACCUUUUCAUCUUUGCAACAUCACUUGAAACAUGAAUCCAUUAAGGUUACCUUCCCUGCCCCUACCUUUCAUUAUCAUGCUUUACAAAUUGUACAUAUUCCUCAUCCAGGUCAGAAUUUUAUGCAUGUUCUGAAUUAUCUAAGAGUUUUAUAAACUGUAGCACACAAUACAUUUUGUGCAUGGGCCGCUGCUCUGAACAGUGUGUCAAUUUUUGUAUGUUCCUGCCCUUUUGCUUUUUAAUAUAAGAAUAUAGAAUAAAUAAAAAAAAAAAUUAAAUUUUCCUCAUGGCUUAAAAAUUGCCACAUCACGAUUCAAUGAAAAUGACUGAACUGAGUAUAAUUCUCCAUCAAGAACCUUCUCUAGGUAUAUAAGCCCUCUAUGAUAAAAUGUAUGUUUCUUCUAUACUGCCAAACUUCUUCCUCUACAAUAUGCAACCUAUUUGCAGGCGAUAAUGUAUGAUGUUCUCCCAAAUAAAAUGAAAAUGUAUUUAACAAUAAAUGAUUAUUGCAGUUUGUCAGUAAAGACAAGAA